AUGACCGCAGAUCACGCCCGACUGCUCAAACUGCACGAUCGUCGCCGGCUCCUCCGGCUUCAAGGAAAGUCUCCCUCCGCCAAAACCGGCACACAAAACGGCGCAGUUAGGGCGGGAACAGGGGAUUGGACGAUCAGUGCAAACGUGGGGAACAUAUCUCUGGCCGAAGGGACGGUGACGGAAGUGGGAGGCGGAGCGUUCUACCAGCUAGGAGGCAAUAUGGAGAUGACUAUAGCGGGCCUCUAUUGGGCGGAGGUGCAGCUCGGGCAGCCCGUGCAAAAGUUUAAGGUUCAGAUUGACACGGGCAGUGACGUCAUGUGGGUCACCUGCGCGCCCUGCCUCGCCUGUCCGGUCGCUUCCACAGUGGUGCGUGGCUUCUCAUUCCGCACUACCAAGUCACUGAUCCCUGACGUGCCUGAAAAGCACACCCUCUUAUUCAUCACCACUAUCCUCCCCCACUUCCCAAACACCGCAUCUCUCGCACAGGUCCUUUCCCCGCCGUACGACAUUACCAAGUCGUCAACAGCUCAGGUGGUUGAUUGCGGCACCUCCACCUGCUCGGCGCUGCAGCAAACCAGACGAACCCUCGGGCAGGGAUGCCUGGACAUCUUGUAUCCCAGCUCAGGGGACCCGCGGUGCUACUACGGCAUCCAGUACGCCGACAAGUCCAGCAGCACCGGCUACUUGGUUAAAGACCGGCUUACCUUCUCUACUUUGGGCGGUGAUCCCGCUUCUAUGGACUACCUGUUUGGCUGCGGGUUCCAGCAGUCAGGCAACCUGGUAUCGGGCAAUCAUCUAGUCGAUGGAGUGAUGGGGCUCAACAUGGGGGCGCUCUCCAUGCUCACUCAGAUGCAGGUGGCACGCAAGACCAACGGCGUGUUUGCGCACUGUCUAGGGGGCGAGGAGCUCGGUGGUGGGAGUCUCAUUUUCGGCACAGUUCUGGAGGAUGGGCUGCUGUACACGAGUCUACUGGACGAUAGGUGA